UCGAGUUCGCGCUUUGCUUAUAAGCGUCGCAUUCUCGCGGAAGAACAGUCUUUCCUGGGUGAGAGAUUCGAUGCAAUUGACUUGGAUCGAUCGACCCACCGCGAUUUCUUCCUAGUUGCUUCAGCAGGGAAGAGGAUAGAGCUUUGUUUCCAUUCUAGCUUCGUGUAAUCUCCCGAUUCGAGCAGUGCCAGGUAUAAGAAAUCCACUGGGCACGAAGCAUUCGAUCGUUCUCAUCUGGGUCUCGAUCAAUUUCUCGCAAUCUGAUCGUCAAGUUCCAAAUGGCGCCUUUGCAAGAACUCAUCCCGGGCCUCCCUUUCGACGUCGCGCUCCACUGCCUGGUUCGUGUUCCUCACACCAGCCAUCCCCAAAUGCAGCGCGUGUGCCGCGAGUGGGAGAGCCUCAUCGCCAGCCCGGAUUUCUACGCGCUGCGCAAGAAAUGUGCCACUACCCGUUCCGCGAUCGUCGUCGCGCAAGCCCAUAAAUCUCCCAAAUCUCCGGAAGAACAGCAGCCACCAAAGGGCGCCCUGCCGCCAUUUGGGCUCAGUCUCUACUACCCAAGCUCGCGAUCCUGGGAGAGAAUUCCGCCCAUCCCGGAGCUCGGCGAUCAUGGCGGGAUCCCCCUUUUCUCCGGCAUCGCGGCGGUGGAAUCGAAGCUCUUCAUCGUCGGGGGCUGGAAUCCCAGCUCCUUCCAGGCGAUGAGGAGCGUCUUCGUGUUUGAUUUCUCGCGCGGCGCCUGGAGCAGGGGAUCCGACAUGCCCGGCGCCGCCAGAUCCUUCUUCGCGUGCUGCGCGGUGGGCGACGACUCCAUCUUCGUCGCGGGCGGGCACGACGAGAGCAAGAACGCGCUGCGCAGCUGCGAUCGCUACCUCGUCCGCGAGGAUCGCUGGGAGGCCAUGCCGGACAUGACCCAGGAGCGCGACGAGAGCAGGGGGAUCGCGAUCGAUCGGUCAUCGCAGCGAUUGGGUCCCAAAUUCGGCGUCGUCAGCGGCUAUGGCAGCGAUUCCCAGGGCGAAUUCAGCCGCAGCGCCGAGUUCUUGGAUCCCGCCACGGGGAAGUGGUCGCGCGCCGAGGACCUCAUCGACGACUCCUUGGUUUCGCACAGGGACGGCACGAAUCUCUUCGUGGGCGCCGGCGAUUCGAUCGUCUACUGCUGCUCGCGCUCCAGCGGCGAGAUCUGGAGGCUGGAUUGCUGCGAUCAUCCGCGCAACGCGACGAAUCGCUGCUCCAGGAGGGUGGGGCAAUUGCCGGCUAAUUGCGGCAAGGCGGUGGCGGCGUGCGCGGGCAUUAGUGGCGGCGGUGUCGUGGUUCUCGGGCAGGACGAGAGGGGUGUGCUCGCCGGAUUCGCCCCGCCAGAUCGUCGGGAUCGUCGAGAUCCCGUGAGUGAUUCCAAAGAUUCCGCCACCACCUGGGUGGACGUUCUGGGCGAUGGCGGCGACGAGUUUCGCGGGGUCGUGCAAGCGGCUUGCGCAAUAGAGCUUUGAGAAAGAAUGUGUGCGAAUAUUUUUGUGAAUAUACCGAUACCAAAGGCUUCUUUUUCUCUUU